AUGGGGCUAACACAAGUUCGGAAGAUCAUCAGGGGCCAUGAAGCAAAGCCUCACUCCCGUCCCUACAUGGCUUUACUUCAAAUCCAAACUUCAAAGGAAUUUAGAAGAUGUGGGGGUUUCCUUGUACAUGAAGACUUUGUGCUGACUGCAGCUCACUGCUCAGGAAGCUCCAUCACUGUCACCCUGGGGGCCCACAAUGUCAACAAGCAGGAGAGGACCUGGCAGGUCAUCCCCGUGAGAAGAGCCAUCCCCCACCCAGACUAUGAUCAUAAUAAGUCUGUCAACGACAUCAUGUUACUGCAGCUGACAAGGAAGGCCGACAUGACCACCGUUGUGAACCCCAUCAGGCUGCCCUGGAGGAGGGAGCUGGUGAAGCCAGGGAUGGUGUGCAGUGUGGCCAGCUGGGGGAGGCUGGACGUGAACAUGCCUGCUGCAGAGAAACUGCAGGAGGUAGAGCUUAAAGUCCAAAAGGAUAAGCAAUGCAGCUCUCGCUACAAAAAUUACAACACCACCACUCGGAUAUGUGCAGGGAAGCCAAGAAAGAGGAAAAGGUCUUUUAAAGGCGACUCUGGGGGGCCCUUGGUGUGUAAAGGUGUAGCCCAGGGCAUUGUCUCCUUUGGAAACUCAAAUGGGACACCCCCAAAUGUGUACACCAGAAUCUCGAGCUUUCUGUGCUGGAUCCAAAAAAUAAUGAGCUACUGCAACCUGCAGGGACCAGACUGA